CAGGCGGAGCGGCAUUUUGUGCAGCUUCGAUCGCAACAAAGAGCAGACCCUCGCCCAGAGCGCAGGGUCGGAGGCGCAUCGUUCAGCUAAUGUUGCUGGAGGGCCCAAGCUCGUGGUCCUGUGGCGUUGUUAGGGUUUUCUGUUGUGGCGGCGGGGCAUACCAAGCUCAGGAAAUUCGCAAUGGUUUUGGUUUCGUUAGUGGAGUGGUGAGGACACCUUUGUUUUGAUCCACGGAAUCCUGUCUUGCAUCGGGUGUAGUUUUGGCGUUGCCCGUCCCCGCCAUCAUCCCUUAGUCUUCCUUUCAUUUUUCGUUUUUUUAAUUGUUUGCUGCUCGCCAUGGCGGACUCCUCCCUCCCUCCUGGUGUAACUCUCGAGGAAGACGUCGAUAUGGACCAUCCUCGCUACCCGAGUCUUGGCCCUGCUCCCGACAAUGGCGAGCCUUCCUCCCCAGAUGAUAGCCCCGACUCGCCCACCGCUGAACCUAUGGAGAACGAUGAGCACCUCUAUCAGGUCUCGGAAGAGAGUCAGCGCGCUCGCGAGCGUAAGGAGCAACUCGUGCAACAAUUGCUGAUGAGACGUCGCGCCACUGCUCUCGCAGUUCCGACCAAUGAUUCCGCGGUUCGCCAGCGCCUCCGUCACCUCGGCCACCCCAUUACGCUCUUUGGUGAGCGAGAGAUGGAACGCCGUGACCGUCUCCGCGCUGUCAUGGCUAAGCUUGACGCCGAUGGAGAGCUGGACAAGUUGGUCCAAGCGCAUGAGGCCUCUGCUGAUGCGCAUGCUGAUGAAGCUCAUCAUGAGACCGUUCAAGACGAUGUUCCGCCAUUGCAGUUGUUUUACACCGAAGGCAGUGCAGAGCUUCUUGAAGCUCGCAAGCAGAUUUUGAGGUAUUCUCUUCGACGCUCGUGGACACGAAUUGAGAGGGCUAAGAGAAAGCGAAAUGACCCAGAUGAGGAUGAAGACGCUGAAAUUGAUGAAGUGUUGAAAUCUAUGGAGGAGACGUCGCUGGAUUGCAGUGAGAUUGGUGACGGCAGGCCUCUAUCUUCUUGCUCGUUCUCUCCUGAUGCAUCCUUGCUAGCUACCAGUUCCUGGACAGGUGUGGCCAAACUCUGGAGUAUGCCUGAUGUACAGCACCUUGCUACAUUUAAAGGUUAUCACACCGAACGUGUGACCGAUGUUGUGAUUCACCCUGGAGCCUGCAAGUCCCAGGAUGCUGGGGCAGGAAACGUUGCGACAGCAUCUGCUGAUCGGACUGCUAUAUUAUGGAGUUUAGAAGGAAAGAAACUUCAAUCGUAUGAAGGUCACUUAGAUCGCCUUGCCAGAAUUGCAUUCCAUCCUUCAGGUUUAUAUCUUGGAACUGCAAGUUUUGAUAAGACUUGGAGGCUUUGGGAUGUGAGCACGGGCAUUGAACUGUUGCUACAGGAGGGUCACAGCCGUAGUGUAUAUGGCAUUGCAUUUCAGCAGGAUGGAGCGUUAGCAGCAUCAUGUGGGAUGGAUGCACUGAGUCGAGUAUGGGAUUUGCGAACUGGGAAAAGUAUUCUAGCUUUGGAAGGUCACGUCAAAGCGGUGUAUGGUGUCGAUUUCUCGCCAAAUGGUUAUCAUUUGGCGACGGGUAGUGAUGACCAUACAUGCAGGGUGUGGGACUUGCGUAAGAAGCAGUGUCUUUAUGUCAUUCCUGCUCACAAUUCUCUUGUCUCUCAAGUCAAGUAUGAUCCUUCAGAUGGUUACUUCUUGGUCACAGCCUCGUUUGAUAAUACAUCUCGGAUAUGGUCUGGCCGUGAUUUUAAACCAGUGAAGACGCUUGCAGGCCAUGAAAGUAAGGUUGCUGGAAUUGAUGUAUCAACAGAUGGGAGCUAUAUUGCAACUGUUUCACAUGAUCGAACAAUCAAGUUGUGGUCUCAUUACAAGUCGUGGUCUUACGACAAAUCUGAAUUCAUGAAUGAGACGAUGUCAAAUGCUGAAUGAGCUGAGGAGAACUCCAACCAACAACUUGGCAUGGCAUUCCAGAAGACUGUUAUAAAGCUUCUCAUGAUGGCUCAUGGUAUUCUGUCCAAAUUGGUUACCAGCAUAUCGCGCAUGCGGGGUGUGAUGUGAAGAAGUUUUGACAUUCAAUUUGAUUCAAAACAAACCUACUCAGUGAUUGGAGGAUUUGAUUUGAAACUAGUUUCAUUUAAAAAAAUGAUGUGCUCAGCCUGUAGAAGUUUUAGGGUAGUAGAGAGAGGGCUCUGCUGUGAGCGAAAAUAUAAGCGAAGAGGUGCUAUUUUUCCUGGAUUUUCCAUGUAAAUAGCUGGGAUGAGUCUCUAAAGAUCUUACUACUUGAAAAUUAAGGCAAUUGAUUUCGAGGUACUCUCUCAAGUGUUCUUUCUUUUC